CUGCAGGCGGGAACGCCCCGCUCGGAGGCCGGGCCUGGGCGGGGCAGCGUCGGGGCGUCGGGAGACUCGCCGAGGAGGAGCCAGGGAGCCGGAGGGACCGCGCCGCCGCCGGAGCCUGCGAGCCGAGACCGAGCCAUGUGGCUGGAAAUUCUGCUCGCCUCUGUGCUGGGCUUUGUCAUCUACUGGUUCAUCUCCCGGGACAAGGAGGAAACUCUGCCACUCGAAGAUGGGUGGUGGGGACCGGGUGCGAAGCCUGCUGCCAGGGAGGACGAGAGCAUCCGCCCCUUCAAGGUGGAAACGUCGGAUGAGGAGAUCAAGGACGUACACCAGAGGAUUGAUAAGUUCCGUCUAACCCCACCUUUGGAAGACAGUCGCUUCCACUAUGGCUUCAAUGCCACCUAUCUGAAGAAAAUUACCUCCUACUGGCGGAAUGAAUUUGACUGGAAGAAGCAGGUGGAUAUUCUCAACAGAUACCCUCACUUCAAGACUAAGAUUGAAGGGCUGGACAUCCACUUCAUCCACGUGAAGCCGCCCCAGCUGCCCGCGGGCCGCAGCGCGAGGCCCUUGCUGAUGGUGCACGGCUGGCCCGGCUCUUUCUACGAGUUUUACAAGAUCAUCCCGUUCCUGACCGACCCCAAGAACCACGGCCUGAGCGACGAGCACGUUUUCGAAGUCAUCUGCCCUUCCAUUCCUGGCUACGGCUUCUCAGAGGCAUCCUCCAAGAAGGGGUUCGAUUCGGUGGCCACUGCCAGGAUCUUUUACAAGCUGAUGCUGCGGCUGGGCUUCCAGGAAUUCUAUAUUCAAGGCGGCGACUGGGGCGCCCUGAUCUGCACCAACAUGGCCCAGCUGGUGCCCAGCCACGUGAAAGGCCUGCACUUGAACAUGGCUCUGAUCUUAAGAAAUUCCUUCACCCUGACUCUUCUCCUGGGACGGCGUUUCGGGGGACUUUUUGGCUACACCGAGAGGGAUAUGGAGCUGAUGUACCCCUUCAAGGAGAAGUUCCUCUACAGCAUAAUGAGGGAGAGCGGCUACAUGCACAUCCAGUGCACCAAGCCCGACACCGUGGGCUGUGCCCUGAACGACUCUCCCGUGGGGCUGGCUGCCUAUAUUCUAGAGAAGUUUUCUACCUGGACCAACGCGGAGUACCGGAACCUGGAGGAUGGAGGCCUGGAAAAGAAGUUCUCCCUGGACGAGCUGCUGACCAACAUCAUGCUCUACUGGACGACGGGCACCAUCGUCUCCUCCCAGCGCUACUACAAGGAGAACCUGGGCCAGGGCUGGAUGGCCCACAAGCAUGAGCGCAUGAAGGUCCACGUGCCCACUGGCUUUGCCGCCUUCCCUUUCGAGUUAGUGCACGUGCCUGAAAAAUGGGUGAAGUUCAAGUACCCGAAACUCAUCUCCUAUUCCUACAUGGCCCGUGGGGGCCACUUCGCGGCUUUUGAGGAGCCAGAGCUGCUCGCCCGGGACAUCCGCAAGUUCGUGUCGCUGCUGGAGCACCAGUGAUUCCCACGCCCCACCCCAGCGCCCUCCAGGCUUUUCCUGGGGAAGGUGCUCCUGCCUGAGGCGUCUGCCCCAUCCCUAGCCCG